AUGGGAGGUACUACUUUGAAAUGGACCCCACAGACCCUUCUCAACUAGUGGCCAUAGCUAAUGUGAAAGUGUCAUGACACAUGCAUAGGAAGCCUUGAUCAUCUUGGUAAAUGCCAAGGUGUCAUAACAAAGACAUUCCAAUCAAUGUGACAUAACUUAUGACAAUUAAUGAAUAUUAAUGACAGUAGUCGACAUUCCAUGAGUAGUGUUGUGUUCUAGUUAUGUCAACGCCAUGUCAGGCUUAUGAAGGGGGUGUCAAGUGAAGUGUUAAAGAUUUGUCUCUCUGUAUGGAAAUAAUUGUAUGGUCUAUGUUUUGGUUGACGCACUGUACUGUAUGUUAGAGCAUGACAAACCACUUUGAGACAGUGGGAGGAUGAAAACUAGAGAUGUACAGGAUCCAAGAUGUACAUGUGUUUCAACCCUUUCGUAGGAUCCGGUAUCCGGUUCCGGAUCCGGCAGGAUCUUAAGCAGUGGAUCCGGUAUCCGGCAGGAUCCUAAAAAUCAGGAUCCGGUGCAUCUCUAAUGAAAACUGAUUUGGUUGCCUUCUUAUAUUUAAAGGAACCUCACAGGAGUGGCUCUGAUGAGUCACCAAUGAACACAAGGAAGAGACGUGUUCAAGACGAGGACCCAGUGCUACGUGUUGUGACUGCUAUGCAGCAGGACAUUCGUCAGCUGAAAAGACAGGUGUCUGUCUUGCCAGAUAUGAUUUAUACACCUGACCUGAAAGUCAGAAAGGAAGACAAAACAAUAAGGGAGUCCAUAGCUCAUGUGGAAGACCCCAGGUGUUCUCUGUGUUGUCAUUUUCCGAAAGACCCAGUGUCCAUCCCCUGUGGACACAGUUACUGCAGGCAGUGCAUCUCCUCAUACUGGGAACAGCCUAACCCAUCAGGACACUACGCCUGUCCCCAGUGUCCACACACAUACAGCUCCCGCCCUGCACUUUACUCAAACUCAGCCUUUGCACAGGUGGUCCACAGGCACCAGCAAGAGAGGCUUCAGCAGCAAAAACAUCAGGAGAAGAGGCUGUUGCUGCAGCAGGAGGAGGAGAAGCGACCGCGGCCCGAGGAGGGGAAGCAGCGGUGGGGGGAGCAGGUGCAGCGGCGGCAUACGGAGCAGCAGCCACAGCAGGAGGAGAGACCGCGGAAGGAGGGAAAGCAGCGGUGGGGGGAGGAGCAGAAGCUGGCACAGCGCCAGCAGCAGGAGCAGCGCCAGCAGCAGCGGCCGCAGACAGAGCGGAGGCUGAAGGAGGACAACAAGCCGCAGCAGCAGCAGACGGAGCAGAAGUGGCAGGAGGAGUGGAGGCAGAUGUGGCAGCAGUGGGAGCAGCGCAUGCAGCAGCUGGACGGGGAGCUGCUGGAGGCAACGCAGGAGGCGCAGGAGGAGCGGGUGCAGCAGGUGGAGCAGGAGCUGCAUCUGGAGUGGCAGCGGCAGGAGCAGCGCAUGCAGGAGAUGGAAAUGCAGCUGCAGGUGAUAAAGCAGCAGCAGCAGCAAUAGCAGCAGGAGAGGGACGGGCAGGCCUGCCGACAGGAGGGGACAAAGGGGUAUGUUGUCCCGGGCCCAGGGAGAUAGAUGGGGGCCCUCAGAAUUGGGUCCCCAUUACAUUUUAUGUAUUGGGAAGGGGGCCCUGUCAGAUGACUUCAUCCUAGGACCUGCAAAAGCUGUCAGCGGCCCUCGGGACAGGUACACCAGAAAGAGCAGGAGAGGGAACGGGAGAUUGUAUGUGCUUUUCUAAUAUGAGGACCGGACUCCUGUCCUCCCUUGCAUGCUUGUAGCCUCACGAUAACGUCACUGACAUGCACAGUGACUUCUGAUACUCCUGGACACUUAAUCUUUACUAUGCACAGUGACGUCUGACUCUCCUGGACACUUUGUUGGUUACUUUGUCGUGGGCUGCUAUGUGAAAGUGAAAGUGAGACCAACAACCUUUGGGCUACAAGUCUGACGGCCUAACCGCUUACGCAUGACUGCCUAAUGCCGCUCAGCUAAGACACUUGUGACACUGUGGACACUUUAUAAUUUGGUGUGUGUGUGUGUGUGUGAGAGAAAGAGGGCUGUAUGCAUGUAAGAGUGAGCUAUACAUGGUUAAUAUAUGUGCAAGGAUGUGUGCAAUGUCUUCUGUAUUUAUGUAUGUAUUUAUGUAUGUA